CGAAGUUCAAACUGCGCUGGAAAGCAUCUCUGUUGUGACAUUCACUGGCAUCAGCUCGACGGCAAGCACUCUCUAUCAUGGCUGGGAUUGCUGAGAAGAGAGUGUCUGUUUUGAUCACAGGGUGCUCUCCUGGUGGGAUAGGGAACUCUUUGGCGCGCGAAUUUCACAGAAACGGGCUACGCGUGUUCGCGACAGCAAGAGAUGCGGACACCCUUCAAGAUCUGACAUCGAUUGGAAUUGAAACGCUGAGCCUUGUGGUAGAUGACCAAGAAAGCGUACGGCGUUGCUUCUCGGAAGUUAAUGCCAGGCUUGGAGAUAAGGGGCUCGAUUAUCUAGUGAACAAUGCAGGCCGCAACUAUACGGUCCCAGCGAUGGAGGCAGACCUCUCAGAAAUCCGCGCAACUUUCGAAACAAAUUUAUUUUCAAUCAUCUAUAUAUGCCAGGUUUUCCUCCCUCUGCUCAUCAGAGCGAAGGGAACUAUUGUACAAGUUGGAAGCAUUGCUGGGAUCAUUCCAUAUGUUUUCGGGUCGGUUUACAAUGCAUCAAAGGCUGCUCUGCACUCAUUCAGUGAUUCCCUGCGGGUAGAACUGGCCCCCUUCGGUGUCAAUGUUACCACUAUCAUUACCGGCGGCGUGCAAUCCCGUAUCGCCCGGAUCAAACGUACGCUGGCUCCCAACUCAAUGUAUCUCCCGAUCGAAGAGGAGUACGAUCGGCGCGUGCUUCACAGUCAGGAUGGCGCCAUGUCAAAUUCUGCCUACGCACGGAGCGUGGUGACACAGAUACUCUAUGGGCCGGCCCCAUGGCGUUGGAUCUGGCCGUGGGCGCAAGGCCGGCAAAGCUGGAUCUGGGAAGGUAAUAAGAGUUGGGUUGUCUGGUUUUAAGUGGUGGAUGGGCGUGGACCGGCUUAUUCCAAUCGGUAAUGACGAGGAUGUUCAAGCUAUACAGACUAGAGAAGAUAGGAGAUGGGAAGAAAAGUAUGUGAGACCUCCUUCUUCACAUGGUGGGGUGAACAGACCAGCAGAGAGGUCGGGAAAGGAUUAGGCUUCUGGUGCACACAAAUGAAGAACAUAUGUCGAGUCCACUUUUGCGCAUCGUUUUCUUCGCUACUACUCUAUUAAAGUUUCGGAGGUGUUGUCAAGUAGAAACAAGCAAC